UGCGUCGUACACAAGAUCGUACUUUCAGUUUCAUUGAUAUGCUUUCACUUCUGUAACAUCUUAUCUUUCAACGAUGAACUUCCUAACGACACACAGUUCCAAUGAUACUGCGGGCAUUUCGAUGAUGUCCGCUGUGAACGUUAUCGCACUAAGUUUCUUUACCGAAUAUUAUACUGUAUGUGUAAUUAAAAUUGUAUUUGAUUACAUCCUGAUCAGCGUACCAGUUCCUACCGUGGUUAUCAAUGUAGAUUCCAUGUUUAACAAAACAUUCCAAACUGCGGUAGAUUCGGGAUGCCAAGCUUUCAUAGUCUCCGAACGGGCGUUGAUAACUUUCUUGGACGUCUUCGUCGAGAUCCACGAUAGCUCAGAUCAGCGGUCUUCUAACAAGAGGCUUUUGGUUCUGCUGGAUUCGAACGAAUCGGAAGUUUUGAACACCAUCACCAAACAUUCGAAUACGCUGGAGCUGCCAAGCAUGGCGUUGAUGGCUCCAAAUUAUUCUAAUGAUUCGAUAGAGAUGUACAGCACAAAACUUUACAACGAUGGAUCGAGAAGUACUGUCACUGUGGAAAUUGAAUACGUUGAAGGACCCGACUAUUUUCCCGAUAAACUGAACAAUAUGAACGGUAUUCCAAUUCAUCUAUGCACCCUCAUGUAUCCUCCUUAUACAUAUUACGAGGAAACGAGUCCCGAAAAAGCUAACGCCCGUUAUCAUGCGUCCGUCAAAGGAGAAGAUGUUCCUUUGUUUUUGGAUGGAACCGAGGUAGUUUUGCUUAUAGAAUUCUGUCGCAAGUACAACUGCACUAUAGAGGCUUCGUUCGAUGAGGUUUAUCUGUGGGGAGAGGUGUUCGAUAACCACACCGGGAAUGGGCUGUUGGGUUCAGUCGUCGAGCGCCGAGCUGAUAUUGCAGUGGCAGCCAUCUACUACUGGCAUCAACCGUACAAAUUUGCGACGUACACACAACCGAUAAGUCGUUCAGGAAUAACAGUUCUGGUUCCAAAACCACGCAUUUUGCCACCUUGGAGAACACCGUUCCUUUCUUUCUCACCUUCUCUAUGGGCAGCAGUACUCGCAGCGUUAUGUGUAGGAGUUAUAGCCGUAUGGUGCAUAGAAAAAAUACGCUACAUAAUUCUGAAGCCCAACGAACUAGCGGUAACGCUCAGUGACGCCGUGUUAACGAUGAUUGGUUUUUAUAUGGAACAAAAUGCUCGGAUGAGAACAGAUUUGAUGUCAUGUGUCCUUCUCUUCACUUCUCUGCUGUUCGCUGGGUUCAUGGUCGGCAAUACUUAUGGUGGGGGUUUAGCUGGCAUUAUGACCAUUCCGCAGUACGAAAAAUCGAUUGAUACUACCGUGGACUUGGCCGAGACCGGAAUUAUGUGGGGCGCCACUGCCCUUUCUUGGAUAUUUUCUAUCAUGGCAGCACCACAGCCGUAUAUGAAAAAGCUGGUGAACACAUACCGUGUUGUGAAUGACGAAUUCAUGACACAGCAUUCCAAAACUCAUGAUAUGGGCUUUGCUGGCGAACGCACCGAGUUUCGGCAUUUCGUGCCGGCAGAUUUCGUCGACAACGAAGCAUCGACUAUGCUACAACUGCUAAAAGAUGACCUCUACUGGGAAAGCGUAGUUGCGAUCAUCACCAAAACGUGCCCUUUCAAGCAAAAGUUCAACGAUCUCAUUAUGCAGAUUAAACAAUCCGGUAUACAGAACUACUGGGAACUACAGGCCUCGAAUAACUAUUUGCAUGGAUCGGUUCAGCUGAAUAUUCUAAAUGCUCGCUCUGGUGGAUCAGAUGACAUAGUUGUGAAGCUAACGAUUUCGCAUUUUUUGGGGGCGUACAUGAUACUCGCCGCUGGACUUGGUAUGGCAACGAUGUCGUUCCUGUUGGAGACAUCUCGUAUUUGGUUUAGACAAUCGAUGUACAGAAAGAAAGCCAAUUAUGCUGAAAAACUGACAUAAAAAUAAUUCUAAUAUAUGUUUCUCAGACAUUGAUGAUAAAGAGUUGCAAGGACAUUAUUUAUGGUUGUAUUUAUACAGAAAACAUAAACAAAUCACAUAUUUUA